ACGUAUUGGCGAGUGCCUGCCUCAGCAAUUUUCAAGUAAUGACAACAGGGGGGUAGCAAUUUAAAUGUCUAUAAAUUCGUGGUUUUUUAAUAUCUUGGGCAUUCUCAUCAGACGAGUUCAGAGUUUCAUGUUGGGUUGUAAGUUUCUUAGUCGUUCAAGAUGAAGAUGCUGAUGCUUUUUGCCGCUCUGUGCGGAUUGGCGAUGGCCACCCCUUUCGACCAGGCUGCGUACAUGCUGCAAGAAACUGCACCCAUGGGACUUGUGGAUGAGUUGUCAGCACUGGGAUACACCAAACUUGUUGGAUUGAUUGAGAUGGCUGGGCUUAAGGAGACCCUCAACACUGGAGGCCCCUUCACUAUCUUCGCCCCUAACAACGAUGCCAUUGCUGUGCUAACACCUGACAUGAUGAACAACAUGACACUGCUCGUCAACAUCCUAAAGGCCCACGUGAUCGAGGGCAAAGUGAUGACGACAAUGAUCAGGGAUAAUCUGAUGGCUGGAAGCCUUUUGAAGGGAGUCCAGAUACGUAUCAAUAUGGACGUUGGAUGGCAGCGCACUUUUAUUGCUGCUAACGGAGCACAGAUAAUUAUGUUUGACAAGGAGGCGAAAAAUGGCGUCAUACAUGGUAUGAAUAGAGUCAUCUACCCAAUCCCAAUGGGAAACCUAUUGGAUGCUAUGAAGAUGAUACCUGGCGUAAGUGCUACCUUGAAGUUAAUCGAGUUUGCUGGUAUAGAAUCCGCCCUCACAGGUGAAGGCCCAUUCACCAUCUUCGCCCCUUGUAACAAUGCCUGGAUGAAGAUUCCUUAUGAAAACGUUACGGCUUUGAUGGCAAAUAAGACCGCACUAACAGAGCUCCUGACCUAUCACGUGGCUCCAGGUGCCUGGUACUCUACGGUCAUGAGGCCCGGAACUGUAAUCCCCACCCUAGAAGGGAAGAAUGUGCUGUUUAACCCAAUGACACCGGAGAAUUUAAGGACUGUUACACCAUUGCCAGUCUUCCUUAACGUGAACGGAGCGGAAGUUGUCUUAGCCGACCAGUCGGUCGCCAACGGGGUCAUCUGGGUAUUGAACGAAGUCAUCACAAAACCGUCGUAUCUACCCAAAUAGACCUCAUCUGAAACCACCUUCAAGAAAUUGAAAAGUCUCAUCUAUGCUUCAAGAAAUUUUAUUGAUAUCACACUAGUUCAAACCUCUGGAUCCCAUCAAUGCCUCAUGCAGUCACACCUGCAAAACCGAAUCCAGACAGACCAAAUACAUUAGAUUUACACUAUAUAAUGGCACUCGGUUUGGAGUCGGUUUCGGUUCUGUCAGUAUGGCUGUCGCAUGUGGUGGCCGCAGAAAGUGGAGAAUGUUGGGUGCAGGAAUUAAGUAACCACAAGACAAAAAAAAAAAGACUUAUCUAGCUAAUUUUGAUGAAACGAGAAAGAAAUUCCUCACUGAUCACUUUUCGAAGGAACUGAUUAUCUGCACCCAUUUUUUUAUUUCAUUUUUUAUUCAUUUAUGUAUUUGUUGUAUUAAGAGUUUUUAUUUUCAUAAACGAAUAGUAAAUACAUUUAUACGAAAGAUGAAACAGAAAAUAGUAGCCACUGACGGCGCACGUAGGCCUAUAUAAUAUCAUUCAUAAAUUACACCAUCUUAUCUGAAUUUAGAAGUACUCUUAGCCAAUAGCUCCAUGCUUUGACGGAGGAAAUUCAUGUUCAUGUCUAGUUCUCACUUAUUAAAAACUCUCCGUGAGAAAGAA